GCGUCUCCUCCUAAGCUAAACCUCGUUGUCCUCCUCUCACCUUUCCCAGAGAUCUUGGAAAUCUUGGACCCAGAGAUCUUGUGCUUUGGUAGCUAGGUUGGAGGAAUUCGUAUAAAUUUACCAUCUUUAUGGCUAACCAAAUACCAAAAAGAUGCAACUUUUUCUGCAUAAUUUGGUGAGAUGCAUGUGAAAGAUGACGUCCUUGUAAGUAGCAUCGUAACUUACGCAUUAUGAUAAAGGCCUGAAGGGCAGCAAGGUACAUUCAAAACUCUUAUUACCCGUGAAUUCUAGUAAUCGUAGUGUUUAAGUGCUCUAACAUGUGAAAAAAGGGAUAAAUGCCAAUUUGGAGUAGCUUUUGCUAUUUUUUUAAGAAAAUGGAAUAUCAUUAUCCCUGUCUCCCAUCAGAAGAUGCACACAACUGUUUCAUCAUUACAGUAUCAUAGCCAUAGGCCAAUACACCACAAGGCAACAAAGAUUCUUUUGAACACAGAGCCAUGGAAACCAAACUAUCAAGCACAAAUCCUAGGAUUGAACUUCCACCCAUGCUUGGCGAAGCUCAUUCUUUCUUUCUAUGAGGCAGUGACUCAGGCCCGGUGGUUCAAAUGGAGUUCUAUUCAUGCCGCUGCAAUUGCCGCCUUGCUCGAAGUCAAUGGAAGCACCAGAGCAUCAAGGUCCCUCAUCUCUGAGUCCAUCUCGCAGCACCUCCAAUCUGCCAAUGAGGUGGCUCUCUUCUACUGUGACCUCAUGGCUGCUUUUUCAUCUCGCGGGCUGAAAGACCAGGCAAUGGAUUUCUACACGGAGCUACGGUCCAUGCCGCUCUCCGGGCGCAAGACCUACAUGGCCAUGAUCAAAUCCUUGUGUUUGAUGGGCCUGGCCACUGAGGCUGAGGAAGCACUUAGGGAGAUGAUCUCGUUAGGCUACCAACCUGAGGCCUUCCAGUUUGGAUCGGUUGCGAAAUGCUAUGGCAAGUCAGGCGCUUUAGUUGAGAUGGAGAGGGUUAUUGCAUCCAUGUCAGACGCUGGCAUCCGCCUGGGCACCGGUGCUGCAAAUAUUAUCCUCUCAUGCUACAGCUCCUGUCGUGAUCAUUCCAAGAUGCUGGCAUGGUUAAAGAAGAUGCGGAAAUUGCGUGUUGCACCAACUACGAAAGCCUACAACUUUGUGCUCAACUCAUGUCCCACACUUGCUUCAGUAGUUCAAGAAUUGGGUCCUUCACUCCCACUAUCAACAACGGAGUUGGUCAAGAAGCUCAAGUCUGGAUCUCCAUGGCCAGCAGAAGCUGACCUAGUGCUCGAGCUUCUGGCCUCCUCAUCGGUGCUCGACAAGGUGAUGGAAUGGUCGGAGACAGAGGUCAAGCUGAACCUGCACGGGUUAAGCACAGUUGCAGCCUAUGUGCUGAUGCUGCAGUGGGUGGACGUGAUGCAGGGUCGCACAUUGCCAUUGGAGGUGUCUGUGGUGUGCGGCAUUGGGAAGCACAGUGAUGUCCGAGGUGAGCCCAAAGUGCGGCAGCUCGCACAAGAGGUUCUGAGCCGGAUGGGAAGCCCUCUUCGGCUGUCCACAAGGAACAAGGGGCGGCUGGUUGCAAAGCAAGACAGGGUGAAGCAAUGGCUGGCCAGCUUUCCAGUGCCUGAGGAGAGCACAGAUCAAUCGCCUGAUGCAAGUAACCAACAGCCAUUUGUAUUUACGCUUUUCAGAAAACUUGGACAAUUCUUUUCCACCCUUAUGUAGGUUUUCUGAUGAAUAGCAAGGUAGUUCAGCAUAUUUAUUAUGCUGUAGAAUAAUACAAAGUCUAUAUAAGGCGCUCAAAGAUGUCUUGGCUUAAUCCUUGUUCUGAUGUUGGAGUGUUAUCUGUUAUGCCUCAACUAGCUGCUUGAAAGUUAUGGGACUGACAAACUGUGCCGGUUCGUCAUAGAAGGCAAGGCCUGCAAACUUGGAAGUAGCCUGGGUAGGGUGCAGGAGGUCCCAUAAGAGGUACUUGUUGCGGUCACUGCAGCAGCUGGAGUUAGGGGUGCACCCUUCCUUGGCAUUCUUCCUUAGCAACCCUGCUGGCGACAAGUGAGCAAGGAUGCAGAUAUACUGAAUAAAGAGGCCGCUAAACACAAAUAUUACAAUGCCAUAGGUGCGAGUUUCGGAUCAGAAUACUUCUGAUAAGUUAUUGCAACUUACCAGCGGCCUGUGGGUUUUCAAUCAGACUAGAGACAAGCUCAUAGGAACUGGCAAUAAAGUACUUCAUGCCCUGCAUUUCAGAGCUGAGGUUGCUGAACAGGUCCCUGAUUCCAUCGUUGAGGCUCUUGGCCAACUGAUUCAAAGGUUCAAUGCAUUCUCCGGUUGGAUUCUGGUUUCUCCAGUACGGGCAGCAUUCGAUCAGAGGCACAUUGAUCACCGCAAAUUACAAUACACAUGCAGUUGUCGUUAACAAAAAACCACUGGUUUGUCAGCAUUUCAGUUUCAGAGCUCUUACUUUGACAUGGCUAUCAUAUGUCGAGAUCACAGCUUCUGAGCAUUGCUGAAUUGCGGUGGAGUCUGGUGAUCUGUUCUGUGAGAAGAAGUCGAAGGUGUCAUUCCCACCUGCACUUAUGAGGAAAAGGGAUUUCGACAGCAAGGCUGCCGCUCUGUCAGCGCUCAAUCUAUUUGACAUUUGGUCUUUGAGGUCUGAGAAGUACACUUAUCUUCUUCGUCAUGCUGAUUGUAGUUCCCUGGUGUAGUGACCAUUUGGAAAUCUAAUGUUAAUGUUUAAAAUUCAAAGAUGCGCUUCACCAAAUUUAA